CCGAGCCUUCGGAUUGGCCGCUAGCUCACGUGACUUACUCUCUAACCCAAUACAGCUUUGCACAUACACAUAUCGCACUGUUUUGGGUUGUCGUCUGCUCGAUGUCAAGACUCCACAUACGGCAGUUUGUGGCAGGAAUAAGCAGUUUUAAUAAAUAUUACAAAGUAUCAUUUAAAAAAUAGCCAUUAGAUUUUAUAUAUCUCUAACCCAUACAGCUGUGAACACACACGUUGCACUGUUUUAAGUUGUCGUCUGCUCGUUGCACUGUUUUAAGUUGUCGUCUGCUCGAUGUCAAGACUCCACAUACGGCAGUUUGUGGCAGGAAUAAGCAGUUUUAAUAAAUAUUAAAAAGUACGCGCGCUUAUCUGCAGCAGUUUACUGUACAGCUUAUCAUUUAAGCGAGCAUUUGGCACAAUAUCGACAACGCCAGUAUUUUAGUCAUCAUGUCGAUUCAGAUGACACACACAACUAAACCCUGUGAAUCAGGUGUACCAAUCAAGGAAUAUCCUGACUUGCUGGCCAUCCUUCCUGAAGGACAGGAAUAUCAUGUCUGCUGGUAUUCAGCAAUGGGUGAAGGCAAGUUUAAGUGUGAAAUAAGAGUGCCCAUCACUACUGCAGAAGAUGCAAGAGCUUGGUUUGACCAACGCAAGAAAAAGGCCCAGAUUACAUGGCGUGUAAAAACAACUGCCCGAGUUACUGGGAAAGGAACCCUACUGAAAAUCUAUUACAGGUGUCAGCACAAUACUUUACCAAGAAGUAAAACAGCAGAUGAGAAGCCAAACUCCAAAAAUACAAAUUGCCCCGCUCAGAUGACCUUGACAGUCAAAGCAACUACCAUGAAAAAAAGCAGUGACCAUCAUUUGCCAGCUUUGCCUAUGAUUGUGCAUAUUGAGCAUGUGCAUAAUCAUCCAAUCACAGGCAAUGCCAAAGUAAUGCAGCACCGGGAUGUGUCAGAGGACACAAUUCAAAAAUUUAAAGAUUUGUUUGCUAGAGGGCACACUCCAGCAUCUGCUCUCAAUAUGCACAAAUUUAAUCUGCAUAUGGAGCACCCAGACAAUUACAUCUAUUUGGCCUCGGUCCGUUCAGUUUGUCCAGACUUGAGUUUUGUUUACAAACUGUAUGCCAAAGUUUUCCAGAAGAGCUAUGGUGCAGAUUCAGGACAAGGUCUCCUGACUGCUGUAAAUAGUCUGAUUGAGAACUAUAACAAUGAACAGAAACUGAAGUGUGCAUCAAUGGAGCUCAUUAAGGACAAGACUGUGAUUGCUGUGUAUACUCCUUUAAUGAGGCGCAUUAGCGAGAAGCAUAGGGCCAGCGGUGAGCUGGUUUUCAUUGAUUCUACAGGAGGAGUAGACCGUUACAACUGCAGGGUCUUCCUCCUUCUUACACACAGUGCUGCUGGAGGUUUGCCACUAGGGUGCAUUAUAACCACCUCUGAGUCAACAGAUGCCCUAGAGCUAGGCUUUGACUUGUACAAGAGGCUGCUCUCAAAAGAUUCCUUUAAUGGACGAGGGGAGAGAGGGCCAGUUGUAAUUCUCACAGAUGACUGUGAAAUGGAGAGAAAGGCACUGAAAACGGUGUUUCCAGAAUCCAUUCUUAUUCUGUGCGUGUUUCACAUCCUUCAGGCAGUAUGGCGGUUUCUGUGGGACAGUAAGCACGCAGUUCCAAGAGAUGAUCGUCCUCACCUCCUGAAACUUGUCCGAAACCUUGUGUACGCGGACAAUCAACAGCAGCUGCAGGACUGUUACACUGUGUUAAGGAAUGAUCCUGUUGCUCUGCAGCACAGCAGUUUUAUAGAAUAUGUCAAACGAUUGUAUGAGCGUCAGCAUGUGUGGGCCAUCUGCCACAGAGAGCAGCUGCCUGUUCGUGGCAAUGACACCAACAAUUAUGUUGAGGCAGCCAUGCGGAUUUUAAAGGAUAGGAUCUUCCAAAGAGUUCGUGCAUACAGUCCUGCACAGUUGCUUGAUUUUCUGCUCACAAGCUUGCCAGCAUAUUAUGAGCGAAGGCUCAUAGAUGUCGCCAACGGACGCCUGGAUAUGACUUUAUCCAAUAAGUACGUACCCAGCAAGACAAAUUUCACUAAGGACAUGAUAACACCUUUGCCGAACAAUAUUUUCCAAGUGCACAGUGGGAAGGCGUGUUAUCUGGUGGACAUGUCUAUUGAAAUGUGCACAUGUAAGUUAGGAAAAAAUGGUGCACCAUGCAAACACCAGUUUGCAGUAGUUAGCCACUACUCACUGGAGGCUCAAAAUUUUUUGCCUAGAACAGAUGAAAAAAUGAAGUCUCACAUGAUGUAUCUUGCAACAGGCAAGCAGAAUGUGCCAUUCACAUGGUUUGCACCACUACGUGGAAGUGGGCAGACACAGGAUCUGGAAGAUUGCCUUGAGGAAAUAUCUGAUGCAGAAAAAGAAAAUGAACCUACGCAAUCAUUUGACUCACUUCCUCUUCACAAUGAUUCUGCAGACGAAUUUGAAAACCCUGUAUUACCUGAUGAGGAAACAACACUGAAAAGGAGGCAAUCAUUUGACUCACAUCCUCUUCAUAAUGAUUCUGCAGAUGAAUUUGAUAACUCUGUAACAUCUGAAGAGUUGACAACACUAAAAAUGAGGUUCCACAACUUUGUAGCUUCCGUGGAGAAACAGUUGAAUGAAAAUACCAAUGAAUAUGCACCAGCAGUAGAGGCUUUUGUAUCGAAGUGGGAGAGAAUUAAAACAGACACAGGUCGUGUUUCAGCCCUGCACACUUUUGGUAAAGACCAUCAGUGCAUGCCAUUUUCAGUCAUAAAGAGAGGUGGUAUUAAAGUCCAACCAACAGCCGUCAGCCGCAGACAAAUGCCUCUUGGGGGUCGGCGAUGUUUACAAUCAGGCAGACCACCAAAAAAACAUGACACUGAGAACAAAGGAUUGAAGCGUUCAAACAGUGAAGAUGGGAACAUGCAUAUGAUGCCCAAGCGGCGGCCUCAGCGAGCUCCCCACAACUUAAGCAAAUGUGUCCUACAAAACGAGAACAUUGGAAAAAGCCACACAUCCAAAUGGUAGCUCUAGAGAUUCUGGAAACAUGACACACACAUCGUCAGAAAUCAGCUUUUGACAUCCUCCUUCACACACACAUACACACUUUCUCUCUCACACUCACACUGAAAAAUAAUGAAGCAGCAGGGCCCAACUAAGUGAGUUUUUCUAAUAUUCCUCAGCAUCCAUUGCCCCUUUCCUAUUAGCUCAGUUUAACCACCUUUUUGAAAAUGGUUUGUUUCCUGAUGCAUGGUCUGAAGCUACUAUGCAAGCUUUACAUAAUAAGGGUGAUACUAAAUGUAUAUUUAUUUUUCCUAAAAACUUCUUGUAUAUGGACCUUACCCGAGCCUUCAGAUUGAGAAAACUGUAGAGGUAUUUCUCUGUUUAACAUCUGUAGUGAAAUUUACAUUUCUAUACUUAACAAAAGAAUCACUGAAUAGAUUGAGCAACACAGUACUCUGGGUGAAGAACAAGUAGGCUUUAAGAGGGAUCAGCACAAUAGAUCAUAUACUUUGGUGGCAUGUAUUUAGAAGCAGCUAGUAAAUCAUGAAAAGCUCUAUGUACCUUUCAUUGACUUCCAGAGAGCUUUCGAUUCAGUGAUUAGAGAAAAACUCUGGACCGUAUUACAGAAAAAUGGUAUACCUGGCAAAAUGGUUAAAGCUAUCAAAAGUAUGUUAAGGACAGAGUAAGGGUUGGUGGGGACCUGACUUUAUGUUAUAACUGCCCAAAAGGAUUAAAACAGGGUAAAUCUGCAUCCCUGUCCUAUUCUCUGCAUUUCUCAAUGAUUUAACACAUUAAAUUAGACAAAAGCUUACAUGGCUAUAUUAUGUGAUGAUUUUUCUGUACAAAUAUGGAUUUUGUUUCAUAUGGAAUAGUCAAGGGCUCCGUGUUCCAGUUCAUGGCAUGUUAUUCUGUUCUAUAGCGUCUAUAGAAUAGUUUUGAUGACACUGAGGAGUCUUGCAUGCCAACAGAUUGACCUCUACUCUUCACACUUGGAAGCCUACAUUUCAAAGGCAUUAAGCAGCAUGAGUAAGAUCUGCAUGAUUGAAACAGUUUAAUAAGUAAUGGUUACACUUCGGCCUAGAGUUUUCAUAAUCUUAAUGGGCCCAUAUUUUUCUCUAAUCAUUAAGUCAUGUAUAAUAUAUUAACACUUAGCACUGUUAUAGAAAUCCAAGCCCUGGACAUUUGAAUAUUAAAACUAAGUUUAUCCUCCUCGCUGCUCACUCAUAACUAAUUGAGUACCCUGAAAAUUCAGGUAAAGAUGGUUAGCCAUCAUGCUUUCAAUCAAUCCUCCGGGUUGCCUUAUGUAAUAAUUUCACCUGUUUUGGUGACCAAUGAAAGUGGAAAAUAAUAUCAGGUCAGGACAUAGCAUGGAACUCUUGUAAAUCCUAAUAUUGUUUCUUGUGUGUAUGUUGCUAUUAUUAUUCAGAUGGUUUCCAGUAUAACAUUUAGAUUGCUAAAGGAAAAAACAGUAGUUACUAUCAAACGCUAUGGCAAAACAACUUGCUCAAAAUAAUAGGGAACACAAAUACCGAAACACAACAUGAUACUGGAUUGAAGAAUAUAACAGAAAAUGGACUCACUUGCUAGAGGCUUUACCACAAGAUAUGCACCAAAUGGAAUGAGCAUGUAUUUGUCAGUAUAGUCAAACCUGAAUUUGUUUAUGAUUAUGCUUAAUGUUAGUAAAAUAUACAAAGAAUGUUAAGAAUUGUCUUUUGCCAGUCCUGAUAUUUUAAGUUUACAUGCUAGUUUAUGAUUUACGUUGUCCAUUUUUAUGAACAUUUUUACUAGCAAGAAAUUAUGUUUAUAUCAAGUCUUAAUUUGUUCAUUUUUACACAGAAUGUUUUUUAAUGUAACAUUUUAUUUCUAUAACAUCAUAACAUUGCAAGUCAGAGAAGUUGAAGUUAAUACAAUCCCAUGUCAGAUGAACAAGUUGCAUACAGAGCUUCCUUCAUUCACCAUGUUUCAUGGAUUAUACAAGUGGGCAUAAGCAUAUAUAAUCAAAAUUUCUGGAGUAAUUACAUAGAAUGUUAAUGAUACUAAUGUUGUACUGGUAGAAUUUAACAGAACUGAUUAGUGUUAUGUCAAGAAGCCAAUUUGGAAUGCAGAAGCCAUUUCUGUGUGCUUUUAGCUAGACUGUUGUCUUUUGCGAAUUUGCUAUUAUGAGCUCAGGUUAGUGUGGGCUUUAAAAAUUCUCAGUUUAAAAAUAUUUCACUUUUUAUUGCUAAGAAAUUAUUUUUAUAACUUACAUAGAGGAGUACCACUUGUUCUGUGUAGACAGAACCAGUGGUCACCGCAAAACAAAAAAAUAAAACUUGGACAUCAGUUGUU